GACAGACACUAACAUUGGCCUGUCGCUAGUUAUUCAACACGAAAUACAGACGGGGAAUCACUCCCCGAUCCAUUGCAAGCCGUACCGAUACUCCCUGAUGGAGCGCAAAAAGGCUCUCGAACGAAUUCGAGAAUUCGAAGCCAGCGGGUGGAUUGAACCCGCCACCGGACCAUGGUCAUUUCCAGUAGUGCUAGUACCGAAGAAAAACGGAUCAAUUAACAUAUGCAUCGAUUAUCGCAAGUUGAAUGAAAUCACGAUUAAAGAUGUGUAUCCCCUCCCCCGAAUUGAUGAUUUGUUGGAUGCGAUUGGUUGUGCUAAUUAUUUCAGCAAGUUUGAUAUUCGGCAUGGCUUCCAUCACAUUCUGGUGAAGGAGGAAGAUCGGCCCAAGACAGCCUUUGUACUGUUUGAGGGCACGUGGCAGUGGGUUCGGUGUCCGAUGGGAAUUUGCAACGCGCCUUCCACGUUUCAGCGAGCGAUGAAUAUGACAUUCCAGAACUUCGUCAACAAGACGCGGUUAACACAAGGGAUGAUCAACUUCUGCGUGAUCGUGUACAUGGACGAUAUCCUUGUCUACUCGGAGACCUAUCACGGACACGCGCAACACAUCGAGUGGAUAUUGGGAGCGCUGAGAGACGCUGGGUUCAAGAUCGCGCUCGAGAAGAGCGAGUUUUUCCUCUCGGAAAUUUCGUUCUUGGGCUACGUCGUGACACGUGGAGGACUGCGGCCAGACUCAAGGAAGGUUGCGGGGGUAAGAGAAGCCCCAGUUCCCACGUCGCUGACGCAGGCUCGAACCUUCUUGGGGUUGGCAUCGUGCUAUCGCUGCUUCAUCAAGGGUUUUGCCGUGAUCGCACGACCACUAACGAACCUGCUACGGAAGGACCAGCCUCUCAGCUGGGACGCGGAGUGCCAACAGGCUUUCGCAACCCUCAAGGACGCUCUGGCGACGGUCCCUAUUUUGAUCCGGGCGGACCCCUCGAAGCAGUUUAUUCUUAUCACGGACUGGCAACCGGAAGCUAUCUCCGCUAUUCUAGCGCAGAAGGGGAACGAUGGUCGCGAACACGUCAUCGAGUAUGCAUCGCGCACGGUACCGGACGAACGGGGGAAUGACUCAGCACCUCAAGGCGAAUGCUAUACAGUAGUCCGGGGAAUCCAACACUUCCAUCCGUAUCUCUACGGACAUAAGUUUCGCCUCGUAACAGAUCACGAACCCUUGCUGGCGCUGAAGAAGCUCACUAAUUACACAGGCAUGAUUGGUCGUUGGGCGGUACGACUACAAGAAUACGACUUCUAUAUCGUUCAUCGAAAGACAGAGCGACACGGCAAUGCGGACGGACUGACACGUCUGCAUCGACCUGCUAAAGUACCAAAGGGCGAGGAAAUUACAUCGUGGAAGGAGCCGAACUUGACAAACGAGCCUAAGUACGGACAAGUGGCAGUUCUCCCACGUGGCAAGAAGCAGGACGGUGGCAAUGGGUGAUGGAGGUAACCCCACUACCCCUUUUUGUCCCCUCUCCUCUUCGUCUCUCCUCUCCCUGCCUAACAAAUUUUACUAUUUUUG